UCCCCAGCCGAUAAAGGCCAGGCCAGGCGGGGACCUGCCGCUCUUGCUCUUGGAUCCAGCGACUGAUUCAGAGUCCCCCCUGUGGCCCAGCCAUGAGGCUCCUGCUGUCCCUGCCCGUCCUGGUGGCGGUUCUGUUCAUGGUUUUGGAAGGCCCGGCCCCGGCCCAGGCCGCCCCUGACUUCUCCAGCACCCUGGAGAGCAUCCCGGGUAAGCUGAAGGAUUUCGGGAGCACCGUGGAGGAGAAGUUCCGGGCAGCCGUGGACGAAGUCAAAAAGAGCGAAAUUCAUAAGAAGACCUGGUCCUGGCUUUCUGAUACAUUCAGCAAAGCAAAAGAGAAGAUCGAAAGUACCUUCUCCUGAACGCCGGGAGGGCUGCCCCUCCCCGCCGUGGCUGUGUCCGAGGAAGGGGCUCUAAACUUUCCCCCACCCCCACCCCCUGUGCCGAGGACUUUCUCCGUGAUGCCCCGUGACCCACCACCAAUAAAAUACCUAUGAAGAA